UGUGAAGGAUAUAUUCUGUACCGUCGUCAAAGUCUACUUACCGAUGAUCCAGAAACGUCUUCCUUUCGUGACGUUAUCGAACGCAUUUGUCACUUUUCUAUUGAUGCUGUUAGUCCUGCUGGGAACGUACAUCAACAGUUUUCCUGCUUACACUCUUCUACCCUUGGACGAAGUUGAACCAGUGAACAUGAAAUGUCGUCACAGGACAAAAGAGGUAUUGCAUCAAAACCAGCACGUAUCAAAAAUGGAGUUACACAGGACUAUUUGUACAUUUAAUGUAUUCCAUUACGAUUUACGAAAUCGGAACAAGACAUAUUUUGUACUUGACAUCGACAUUGACAUAGCAAAAAUACGCCAUAGAAGCAACAUUGGGAAGCUAUUUACUAUCAAAUUGUUUCACUUGAAUGAGACUUAUAACACUUACCAUAUGCAGCGUAGUAAGUACUGGUCUGUGUCCUGGUGUAAGAACCCCAAAGAUGAACUGGCUAUGUGUCUGGAUGUCAACGACUACAGGAAAGAGACAAUAGUGGAACAGAAUACAAUCGGCAGGAUGGGAGAAAACAAAAGGGUUUCCUUUCUCUUUGUUGUAGAUAACAAUCGAGAGGUUAUGGAAAUAUUUUCAACAGAAGUACUUUUGAAGGAUGAUAUUCCCCUGAAACGUUACUACAAAGAACAAAUACUUAGUGUCUGGAUUUCACUGACAGAUCCCAAAAAUGAUAAACACUUGUCAGCCAGAAUAAGGAGUGGGGGAAAUAUUACAAUAGGUGAUCUACCAAAUCCUAGCAUCGUUACACAUUACGAAACUGUCACAGGGUUGAUAACAUAUCCAUUCCGCUACUUCGUCAACCUCUACACAAUGUUUUUGGUCUGGAGUAAGGAUAAAUGACGAAAAAGUAAUUAACUGCUUCUUUCAUUAAAUCACUUUCGAUAUUUUCUACCUUGAUAUCAUAUUUUACCGUAUUUUUCUUUGGACGCGCCUUGUCGCGGAACUGGACUGGGUUGAACGCUGGUACCCAGCUGGCUGAAAAGUUUGGAGGUCCCGAGUUCGAGUCCCAGUCUGGUCGUUGCAGUUUACAAAAAUACACUGAAUUAAGAAUCACAGUUAAAUACUUAUUUAGUAUUGUGCAUCAUAUACUUCAUAUAAUUAAUAUGGAUCUACACAAUACAGCUGUUCCGUCUUUCUAGGAUUCGUCAGUGAUGGUAUGGACACCGUACAACUGUUUCAUCCUUCUAGGACUCGCCAGUGAUGUUAGCUGUCAUCACACACUUUUCGCUUCCUUCCAGGACUCGUCAGUUAUUAUAGGGUCACCAUACCGCUGUUUUGUCUUUCUUGCACUGGUCAUUGAUGUAAGGUCCCAAAAUUCUGGAAAUACAGAAGGAAAUUCAGUGAAAUAAAAGAUGAAAAAAAACCGCAAAAACAAAAUAUAUAGAAAAGAAUAUUUAUUAGCACUAUACUAUAAUCAAUUUCAUAAUUAUGAGAUAAUGAAUAAUUUUAAAAAACCGCUAUAACCGAUUGUCACUAUUUCCAGGAUUUGCCGGGUAACGAUAUACCUUGGGACCAAGAGUCGACCUUUAGAGCUCACCACCCAGCAAAGAGAUGUGCAAAAGUCGCACCGACGAAUGAAGCUUUGAUAUUAAUUUAAAAGAUGCAAUAUACUAUAUGCCAACUUUUGA